AUGGCAGAGGGUCUUUGGUCAAUGGUCCUCGACCGCAACCUGGAAGACAAGAUGACCAACGAACUGGCACAUUCUCAGGAUUUCGAAGAAUGGCUAGCUCGAGCCACCGAACUGGACAUCCUCACCGGAUCUGACGUCUGGCGCAACAACCACCGUUCCAACGUUUACGACUACAGCCUCAUCCUCUCUCGACGAUACCAUCUCAAGAAAGUCAGGGAGUCCAAGGAUAUCUCGGCAAUGAUGUAUCUCUUGAGAUCUGGCUUGUUGAGGAACUUGGGAGGGAUCACGGACCCGAGGCUGUUUUGUCAUUCGUAUUUGGGGACCAAACAUUUGAUCGAGUCUUAUAUGGAUGAGGUCGUCUCGCAAUUGGAGCAUGUGGCUGAUACGAGUCAUGCUACGUUGUCGAGGCAGGCCAAGAUUGAUUUCUUUAUGGAGACUCGACAGAGCUUUGGAAGUUCUGCACUGUUGCUCCAUGGCGGUGCCUCCUUUGGCAUGUAUCAUUUGGGAGUGGUCAAGACGCUUUUUGAACAUGGAUUGUUGCCACGGAUCAUCAGCGGAGCGUCAGUUGGAGCCUUGGUUGCUGCGCUUGUCUGCGUCAGGACUGACGAGGAAUUGCCCGGAAUCUUCCAAGGCAGUAUCGAUUUACGUGCUUUCCAACGUGUUGGCGUUCGCGGAAACUUGAGUCGCAAACUGACGCGCCUCAUGACCCAAGGCUACCUGAUUGAUAUCAAGGUCUUGCAGGAUUGUAUUGAGACCAACGUUGGAAAUCUGACCUUUGAUGAGGCAUUCAAGAAGACAAAGCGUGUUUUGAACAUCACUGUCCCAUCGUCCAGGAAAUCAGAAGGGCCUCAACUCCUCAACUAUAUCACCUCUCCCAAUGUGUUAAUCAGCAGUGCCGCAUUGGUCUCGGCUUCUAUGCUCGGCUUCUCGUCAACGGCAGAUCUUAUGGCCAAGGACAAGUCAGGAAAUAUUGUCCGCUGGACGCCUUCAGCGGUGAAUUACACAAACCCAAUCACACCAUCAUUCUUCUCCUACGGAGUCGUCAGCCCCGAGACGCCCUUGACACGACUCUCGGAACUCUUCAAUGUAAACCAUUUUAUUGUCUCUCAGGCCAACCCUUACAUUGUGCCCUUUAUGUCUCGGGGGCUCAAAGAUCGUAAGUCAGGUGGGUCUGAUCAGUUUGGGUAUUCCGCCGGGUAUAUGGAGCGGAUUGCAAGGGUGAUCCUUGCAGAAAUCAAGCACCGCAUGGGCCAGCUGAACCAAGUCGGGAUCUUGCCACACGUAUUCGUCCAACUCGUUGAAGAAAAAGUCUCUGGAAACGUCACCAUCGUCCCUGAAGUCCAACUCCAAGACUUUCUCACUGUCGUCUCAAAUCCAACCCAUGAAUCCAUCCAGUACUGGAUCCUUAAAGGCGAACAGUCCACUUGGCCCUUCCUCUCCAUGCUCAAAUACCGCCUCAUGAUCGAACUCGCACUUGAUCGGAUUUUGUUACAGUUGCGGGCUGAGGCCUCUGCUUCUGCGGCGGCAGUGCAAGAGGGUAUUGAUGCACAGCAUCAGCAUCUGUCGAGUUUGAGUGGCAGGAAUGCGCAUCAUCGACGACAAAAGUCGGGCCCGAAACGGUUGACGCCACACUCUUCGAACUCUACUUCUUAUUUAGGGUCGACUGCGCAUUAUUCGCCAAACUUGACGCGGAGAGGUAGUAGUGCCAACAUUGGAAGUCUGGGCACUGCUGCAGGAGGUUUGCCGCAUAAGUCGGUGAGGAUGACGAGUCAGUACCAGUCUGGUGAGCAGUCGUACUUGGACGUUGACUCUUACCGAAACGCACAUGAUCGCCAAAGCCAGCAGCACCAAGGUCCUGGAAGAGGGAAUGGUGGAAUGGUGAACGGGCUCGAGAAUGAUCCUGAACGUCCUGUCCCACUCAACGAUCCCAAACGAUCAAAAUCCAUGUACUGA